CAAACCAAAUAGUCAUCAGCUGUCAUCUUCAUAGCAUCAGUUGCCAUUCUGCAUUCACAGUUCACCUUUAUGCAGAGAACCAACAAAUCUCUCUGCAUUCUCCAUUAACACACUCAUAACACACACACACACACACACACACUCUCUCUCACUCCUUCACAAACCCUAACAAACAACCACUUGAGUAGCAGCAACACGAAGCUCAAAUCUCACCACUAGUUACACCUCUUUGUUUAUCUCAGAUCUGUCUGAACAGCGACAAGAAGAGAAUGCUGAUUAAUGUUAUAUACCAUAAGCAGAAAUGAGGAGAGUUCAUGAUUCACAAAAGCUUCCGGUUUCAGGCGAGAUGAUGCCCGAUAUCAUAAAAGUAUCAAGUUCACAUUUCGGUUCGGUUAAAGAAGACGUUAAUCAUUUAAACGCACACAAAGUUCACGACUCUAGUUUGCCCGUAUCUGUAACAAAGUGUAAAGGGAAAGACUCUUUACGGGACGAUGAUUCUUGUGACGAUAUUGGUUCCACCUCUUUCUCGGGAGCUAGUCACCCGCCUGAACCCGUUGACAUGGAUCUAAUGACGCCCGUUUGCGUACCCAUCGGUCAAAAAAGUUCCAUAAACGGCGUGUUUAUCGAAGAUCUUUCUAUAUCACAAAAUAGAGUAAGUUCUCCCGUAUGUCGAGAUUCCGACGCGAAAGAGUGUGUUUGGGAUGUUUCUUUACCUCCGAGUGGUAACGUAAGCCCACAUAGUAGCAUUGGUAGUACAGGCUUCUUUACGUCAAUGAGCACAGGCACAAGCACAUACCGUAUGAGUGAUGGAACGCUUAGUGUUGACCGUGUUGACCGUAAUUGUGGAGUUACAAAACUACCCCUUCGAGGGGAAUCUCUUGAAAGUGGGAAAACGAGUAUAAGCCGCGUUAGUGAUAGUAGCGGUGUCAGUGACGAGAGUAACUGGAGUAGUUUCACAGGUGGCACCAACAAGCCGCACAAAGGUAACGAUCCUAGGUGGAAAGCGAUUAUUGCAAUUAGGGCACGCGACGGGCUUUUGGGUAUGAGUCAUUUUCGGUUGCUUAGACUACUCGGGUGUGGUGACAUUGGUAGCGUUUAUCAGUCGGAGUUGAGUGGGACCCGAUGCUAUUUUGCAAUGAAGGUGAUGGAUAAGGCGUCACUUGCUAGUAGAAAGAAGUUGUCGAGAGCUCAGACCGAAAGAGAUAUAUUACAAUUGCUUGAUCACCCGUUCUUGCCGACGUUAUACACUCAUUUUGAAACCGAUCGGUUCUCGUGUUUGGUCAUGGAGUAUUGUCCAGGUGGCGAUUUGCAUACACUGAGACAACGCCAACCUGGCAAACAUUUCUCGGAAUAUGCAGCAAGGUUUUAUGCUGCCGAAGUUUUAUUAGCUCUCGAGUAUCUCCAUAUGCUUGGAGUUGUAUACAGAGACCUAAAACCCGAAAACGUUUUGGUACGCGAUGACGGUCACAUAAUGUUAUCAGACUUUGACCUCUCGUUAAGAUGCACCGUGUCACCCACCCUCGUUAAAUCAUCCUCGUUGAAUUCCGAUCCAACCAAACGCCGCCCGAGCAAUGACUUUUGUGUGCAGCCCGCUUGUAUGGAGCCCACAUCCGUCUGCAUUCAACCCGCGUGUUUCCUCCCGCGUUUUUUCCCGCAAAAGAGCAAGAAAAAACGAAGCCCAAAACCCCGUCUCGACCCCACCCCUCUCUUCGGUCAGCUUCCCGAACUUGUCGCAGAACCAACCGCAGCCCGGUCGAUGUCGUUCGUCGGGACCCAUGAAUACCUAGCGCCCGAAAUCAUCAAAGGAGAGGGGCACGGAAGUGCGGUUGAUUGGUGGACAUUCGGGGUAUUCUUGCACGAGUUGUUAUACGGUCGAACGCCUUUCAAGGGUGCGGGAAACCGAGCCACUUUGUUCAACGUAGUCGGUCAACAGCUACGGUUUCCUGACUCACCGGCUACUAGCUACGCGAGCCGGGAUCUGAUCAGGGGUUUGCUUGUGAAGGAACCACAACACCGGCUCGGUGUUAAACGGGGAGCUACCGAGAUUAAACAACACCCGUUUUUCGAAGGUGUGAAUUGGGCUCUGAUUCGGUGUAGUACGCCUCCAGAAGUGCCUAGACCCGUGGAGCCUGAACCGCCCAUGAAGUUCGGGCCGGUUGACCAAGUUGCGAUGGGCAAUAAUAGUAAACGAAUGGCGGGACCGGGUGUUAAGCCUGGAGGUAAAUAUCUUGAUUUCGAGUUCUUUUAGCUAUAGCCCAUUCUGUAAUAUUUAGAAUUGUUAUAGUUUUGUUUGAAGAGUUGUAAUCGUUAUCGCUAUUCAAUCUAUAUGUGCAACCAUUAUGCUUUA